AUGAAAGACGAAAGACGAUUGAAAAACAUUUGCUUUACAAGUGGAAAAUCGUUGACAAAGGAUCCGGCACCUUCAGCAGCGUUUUUCUCAUUCACCACCCAAGUUUCAGAAUUGUCGGAAAGAGUUUUAUUUUACUUUGACGAGUCACAUCAACAACAAAAGCUAUUUUUGCACACAACGUAA